AUGAAGAUGAUGAUGGAGGAAGAACGACAGAAUCAUGAUGAAGAGAGAAAGAGAAGAGAAGAAGAAUUCAGAGAGAGAGAAGAACAAUAUAAGAGAAUAAUUAAAGACAGAGAGGAAAGAGAGAAUGAAAUGAUUGAACAGAUGAAACUGGAACGAAUGCAGUGGGAGAAACAGAAACAAGAGGAAAGACAGAAAAGAGUUAGUGAUCAGAGGAAGAGCUGUGGAAUAAAAAUGGAGGAGAAAAAUGUGAUACCAAAUCCUUGUUUAAAUUUGGUCUUGCUGGGAAGAACAGGCGUUGGGAAAAGUGCAUCAGGAAACACAAUCCUGGGAAGAGAAGCUUUCAUAUCAAAGAAAGGCAUCAAAGUAGUCACACAAGAUGUUGCUGUUCAGUCUAGUUCUGUCUGUGGGUUUCCACUCACUGUUUGUGACACACCAGGAUUUUAUGGUUUAAACAGUAAGGAAGAGCUUAGGAAAUAUAAGGAAGUUCUUCAGAGAUGUGAAUCAAGUCUCUGUGUGUUUCUGCUGGUCAUCAAAGUUGACAGAUUCACUGAAGAAGAGAGAGAAACUGUGGAGAAGAUUGAGGAGCUGCUGGGAGAAAAACGUUUGGAGAAAACCUGGAUUCUUUUCACCAGAGGAGACGAACUGGAGGAAGAAAACAUGACAAUAAUUGAGUUCAUCGAUGACAAUGAACCACUGAAGAAACUCGUUCAGAAAUAUGAUCAGAGAUACCAUGUGUUCAACAACAAGAAGAGAGGACAGAGUGACCAAGUGAGACUACUGAUAUCUAAAGUUUUACAGAGGAAUUCAGAGAAUCUGCCAAAAAUACAAAGAAUCCCCAUCAACAUCCAGGAUAUUCCUGCUGUCAGUCUCUCAUCCAGACGGAUUGUUCUUCUGGGUAAAACUGGAGUUGGGAAGAGUGCAUCUGGAAACACAAUCCUGGGACAAAAAAAGUUUGAAUCUUCAAUGAGUCCGUUUUUAGUAACCCGUGAAUGUUCAGAAGCUCACGUCACUGUUUCAGGCAGAUCUGUGUCUGUAGUUGAUACUCCUGGAUUACUUGACACAAAGAUGAAACAUGAAGAGUUAGUGAGAGAGAUAGCCAGAAGUGUUUAUUUAUCCAGUCCUGGACCUCACGCUUUUCUCAUUGUGUUUCCUGUGAAUAACAGAUUCACUGAACAUGAGCAGCAGAUCACAGAACAGAUUAAAACACUGUUUGGUCAGGAGGUGUUAAAAUACUCCAUCAUUCUCUUCACUCAUGGAGAUCUGCUAGAAGGAGAGUCUGUAGAGAAACUCAUUAAGGAGAACAGUAGAUUAAGAGAUCUAGUUGAGCAGUGUGGAGGCAGAUAUCACAUCUUCAACAAUAAAGAUCAGAAUAACAGAGAGCAGGUGAAUGAUCUACUGCAGAAGAUUGACACAAUGAUAGAGCAGAAUGGAGGAGGACACUUCAGUAAUGAGAUCUAUGAAGAGGCUCACAGAUUCAGACGAGAGGAAGAAAAGAGGAGGCAGAGAGAGGAAGAGAUGAAACGGAGAGAGGAAAGAGAGAUGAGACAGAGAGAGGAAGAGGAAGAGGAAAGGAAACAACAUCAGAAACAAAGUCAGGAAUGUGUCUGUAGUUGAUACUCCUGGAUUAUUUGACACACAGAUGAAACCUGAAUCUGAUGAGUUCAUUGUAGUUCAAUCCUGGACCGCACACUUUUCUCAUUGUUCUCAGAGUAGAUGUCAGAUUCACUGAACAAGAACAGCAGAUUCUUCAGAAGAUGUUGAUGAUGUUCAGAUGAUGUUUGGUGAAGAAGUGUUAAAUACUCCAUCAUUCAGCUGGAAGAAAACAUUAUAAAGGCACACUUUAAAGCUAACUCUGCAUUAAGACACCUACUGUAGUUGAUCUGUGUGGAGGCAGAUAUCACGUCUUCAACAACAGAGAUCAUAACUAGAUAUCUCAAGUAAAUUUGAUUAGUAUGUGAAAUCCAGUCCCUAAAUCAGUAAAAUAUUCUGCUGCUGAGAUAUAGCUUGUUUACUGUUGCUAGGGGGCUAUAAAUGGUUGCUAGGAUUGUUACCAUAGUUAUACUUAAUCACUGGAUUUACCCUAUUCAGUAAAACACUGUCAUACACCAGAACAGCUGGAAAUGAACAUUUGAACACACAGCUGAUACAGCACGAGUACAUUGGACCAGAAGUAGAAUAUUAAAUAUCAAUGUAGAUGAUGUUCAUUUUAAACUGUGAUUUUGACAUUUGUUGCAUAAAGUGGGUUGUUUAAUCGCAAUUCAGUGUCAGUUAUAUCAAAAUACAACUAUUGUUUAUUUUAUUGUCAUUUUUAAUUCUUACAUGUUGCUCUAAGCAGUGGAAAUGACUAAUUGCAGAUUCACUAGGAGACUUUCAAUGAUCAUUCAGACGUGUUUAAAUAUAAAACUAAUAUUAUAACAUGAGACAUAUUUCACGUUUCAUCCAAACAAUGUUUUCUUGAAUAUCAAGACAGCCACAUAAAAACUUCAUUUUGUCCAGUUCUGUCACUGCUCUUUCAUAAGCGCCAUCUGCUGUCAGAGAGUGAAUCUGCAUUUCCAUUCUGUCCACUUGUGUUUUUCUCCAGAUCAGUGUGAAAUCUGACCCAUAUUUUUAUGCAGCAUUCCUGCAGUGUUGUUAAUGUUGACCAGUGAAUCGAAAAGAAGCUAAUGUGCAUUCAAAAAAUAUAAUUAAUUAGGAUAAUAAGGUAUUCACAAUAUAUACAGACUCAUGCCUUUUCUUGAACGAUUGUUAAAAGCUGAAAUGUGAUGUUCAUCAUUUUAUAA